CGAGUAUCUCGAUUGCGGUUAGUUAGGCGCGCCACCUCAAAGUGCUCAGUUCUCGGAAUGGCAAAGCUAGAGAUUUCCACCAAGUCGGAAAAGCCGGCGGAGCAGUGGGGCAAUGGGCUUGAGUUCCUGUUCUCCUGCAUUUCCCUGUCCGUGGGACUGGGGAAUAUCUGGCGUUUUCCGUACAUUGCCUUUCAGAAUGGCGGCGGUACCUUUGUGAUUCCGUAUCUGAUUGCCCUUUUGGUAAUUGGACGGCCCGUCUACUAUCUGGAGAUUUCCCUGGGCCAGUUCACGGGUCGUGGCGUGGUUAAGGCCUUCGAUAUGGCUCCCCUGCUCAAGGGCGUGGCGGUGGGCCAGGUCCUGGCCACAGCCGCCUCCAUUACGUACUACUCCAGCAUUAUGGCCUUGACUCUGAGGUUCCUGCUGGCCUCCUUCGGCUCCGAGUUGCCGUGGAGUCGCUGCUGGGAAAGCUGGGGCAGCGAUUGCUACGACGGAAGUGCCCAGAAUAGCAGCGGAAAAAUGUCACCCGCUCAGCUGUACUUUGAACGUGAGAUCCUUCACGAGGUGCCCAAUAUAGACAAUGGACUGGGUCUGCCUAUCUGGCAGUUGGUUGCCUGUUUGGCAGUGGCCUGGCUGAUCAUCGGUGGAGUCCUCAUUCGCGGCAUCAAAAGCAGCGGCAAGGCGGCCUAUUUCCUGGGGGUAUUCCCCUAUGUGGUGCUCCUCAUCCUGCUGUUGAGAGCCGUUACCCUGCCAGGAGCCCUUGAUGGCAUUAUAUACUUCUUCAAGCCCCAGUGGCGGGAGCUGCUGAACCCACUCGUCUGGUAUGCCGCCGUAACACAGGUCUUCUUUUCGCUGGCAAUCUGUUUUGGCACACUAAUCACCUAUGCCAGCUACAACAACUUCAAUCGGAAUGUCUACAAUGACAUUGUGAUAAUCACCACCAUGGAUUCCUGCUCCUCCAUAAUUGCUGGCUGCAUAACCUUUGGGAUCCUGGGGAAUCUGGCCCGCGAGACCGGAAACUCGGAUAUUGGCAGCGUGGUGAAGGGCGGCGCCGGAUUAGCCUUCAUCUCGUACCCGGAGGCCAUUGCCAAGUUCGAGUAUGUGCCACAGAUGUUUGCGGUCCUUUUCUUCCUCAUGCUCUUCGUCCUAGGCAUUGGCAGCACCGUGGGCAUGGGAUCCUGCAUCCUGCGCGUCAUCCGGGACCAAUUCGGUUCGCGGUCGCCGCCCAUUUGGAAGCUGGCCAGCGGACUGGCCGUUCUGGGCUUCUCUGUGAGCAUUGUUUACAUGACCCCGGGCGGUCAGUUUAUCCUGAACCUAGUGGAUUUCUAUGGCGUGUCCUUCACCGCCUUGAUCCUGGCCAUUGGCGAGUUGGUGGCUGUGGCCUGGAUUUAUGGAGUUAAUCGCUUUUGUGCGGACAUCAAGUUCAUGAUGGGCAUUGAGACCGGUUGGUACUGGCGCCUGUGCUGGAGAUUUAUCACUCCUGGUUUGAUGACCGCCGUGCUCAUCUACAUGCUGCUCGACAUGUCCGCUCUGGAGUACAAGGGUGUGGGCUAUCCCACCAUGGCCCACGUUUUUGGUUGUUUUUUGGCCACUCUGGGCCUGAUUCAGCUGCCCGGCUGGGCCCUCUAUGCCAUCUAUAAAAAACGUCGCCAGGGCGGCAGCUUCUGGCAGAGAGUACGUGCCGCAUGCAAGCCGUCAGACACUUGGGGACCGGCCAACGCUCAGCUGGAUGCCAGCAUCUAGAAAAUUAGCUUAGUCCCCAACACUGCGUAUACGUAAUGGCCUCUGAAGUCUAGGGGCAUUAUUAUUUGAUAUGGUCUAGAUGAAAAUGGGUAGCGUAAAGUGAAAUAUAUUAAGCUCAUGGAGCC